AUUUUGAAGAUCAGAUCAAAUAUGAUGUUUAUUUUCUAUAAGGAAAAUCGUGAUAACGGAAUCCGUGGAUUAUGGAUAUUAUGAUCAGAUAAUGAUUUCAAUACCAUAUACAUGUAAUUAGCGAACAAAAUUGUUCACGCAUUGUAAAAUAAAGGCUAUGUGUAAAUCUCUGAUCGAUUUAUAAGAAUUGAAUAUGUCAACUAAAUGUGAUAACCAUCACAAUUACCUGCCUAUUUUUUUUAGAUUCACUGUCUUUCGAAGAGGAUAGAAUGAAUGAUACAAAUAAAAUAGAGGGAAAACAGGUACUUGUAGGAGUGAUUUCAGAACUUUUAGGAAGCCUUGUUAUCGUGCUCCAGCAUGCUUUUGCAAUAUUUCUGAUAUCAAAAUGUAGAAUAGUACAAAAUUCUAUUAAAAUUUUGGUGACAAACUUGUGCAUUAUCGACAUUAUAGCCGGUGUCUGGGGAUGCAUCAGAGCAUUGUUCAGAUUAGGUUCCACAGACGAGGAAAUGAAUUGCAGAAUGGAUAUCUUAUUUACCACAUGUAUUUUUAAUGUGUCUGCCUUUUUGGUUUCUGCGAUCGCUAUUGACAGAUAUAUCAGUGUAUUUUUUCCAAUGAAGUAUAUUCAGCAUGUCACAAAGCAUGCAUUAACUCUUGUAUGUUGGAUUUUAUGGAGUAUAGGAGCAUUGAUUUCAUUUACAACUAUGUUUAUGGAGUUUACAUACACAGAAAAAGGGUGCGAAUUACGAAUGUCUCAAAAAGAAAUUUACCCCUGGUUUCUUAUAUUUUUACGAGUAAUUUGCAUAUCUGUGAUGGCUUUUUCAUACACGAGUAUAUAUGUGAAAAUCAUCUCAUUGGAGAAAAUAUAUAGUAGUGGGAUGAAACAUGGUGAAUUGCGACCCAUUAUAAAAAUUCUUCUCAUAGUCGCACCACAUUUAGUUCUACAUGUAUUAUACAUCAUUUUAUUCCUUCUGAAACCCUUUAUCAAGCAGACCUCAACAAGGGCUCUGACUAUACAGUCCAUUUUCACCACAGCCGUAAUGUUCCUUGAUUCUAUAAUUUAUGUAUUUAGGUUUAAGGAAUGUAGAUUAAAUGUAUCUAUAUAUCUCUGCUACUGCAGAAAGAAAUUCAAAGAUGCACAAAUCCAGAAGAGGACUUUGAUGUACGGAACAUUUCUAAAUACAGAAAAGAACACUUAUUCCACAGAAAAUCUUAAUAAUGAUGUAGUAUUAUAGAAUUGAUCCGUAAUAUUCAGUGCGUUUGAAAAUUGUAAACAAUUUGAUUUUACUGUGAAUAUGACCAAAGAUAUAUAUAUGAAACGUUAUUAUACUAGUCAACAAAAGAAACGAUACAUGAAUUUGGAAUCAAAUUUGGUAUCAAAAAGUAUUAAAGUCAUAUGAAACGAGUGAGUGGUGAAAAAUAACGUUUAUCCAAUUCUUGAACCAAUGCAUGUA